AUGAACAAAGACAUCCGCAAUUGGGCGAAAACAUGCCUGGAGUACCAGAAAUCAAAAGUCACCAGACACACAAACAGCCCAUGGGGAACAUUCAAACCUCCCAGCAGACGGUUCGAGCACAUACACCUCGACAUCAUUAUCCUACCAGUAUUGCAAGGCCAGAGAUACUGUCUCACUUGCGUGGAUAGAUUUACUCGGUGGCCCGAGGCCUUCCCCAUAGCCAAUCAAGAAGCAGAAACAGUUGCCUGCACCUUUUACAACGGGUGGAUCUGUCGAUUCGGCACUCCCCUGAGAAUCACAACUGACCAGGGAAGGCAGUUCGAGUCACAGCUCUUCAACCAAUUGGCUGCAUUUACUGGUACCACACAUCAUCGCACUACAGCAUACCAUCCACAAGCCAAUGGCAUGGUGGAACGCUUCCACCGUCAAUUCAAAGCUGCCAUCCGCUGCAGAGCCAAUCCGCGAUGGACGGAAGAACUGCCAACUAUCCUUCUUGGCAUACGAGCAACUUUCAGGGAAGAUCUCCACACUACCAUCGCGGAGAUGAUAUACGGGGAAUCCCUACGCCUACCUGGACAAUUCCUCACCGAAUCGAGCAACCCACAACCAGAGGCCGAAGCUGAUUGA